UCAUUUUAUUAUCAGUUCAGUCGUGUCGUGUUCGUGAAUGUGAAUGUAUUGUAGGUAUGGAUUGUGUGAAUGUCAUUAGCUAGCAAUGAUUUAUUAUUGUAAUGGAAAAUCUUUUUUGUUAAAACUGCUAUGAAGAUAUUACUUUGUACUUUUCUGUUUCAAAACUUAUGAUCAUCAGACAACUUUACUAGGAUGAAGCUUUAGACUCCAAUCGUCAUAAUAAAAUAAAGGUUAAUGGUUGCUGAAAACAAGAUGGAAGACCCUCUGGGCAUCGUUCCGUCGGUUGUCUCCGUCAACGACUUGAAGCCAUGGGGGCACUCGGCGCCCCUCCACAACAGUGCAGGUGUGCACAACGCCAACGCCAAUGCCAACCACCCCCUCAGCCCAUUCUCCUACAACCCCACCCUCAACGAGAAGAUCAUUCUCUGGGAAGGAGACAUAACAACUCUUAGAGUCGAUGCCAUAGUACAUUCAACCAAUGAGAUGCUGAAUGAAAGAAAUCCUGUUAGUGAAAGAAUAUUCGCCAAAGCUGGUCCCAAGCUGAAAGAAGUGCUACGAACUGAAAUUAUUGAGUGCCGGACCGGAGAAGUACAAGUGACUGAAGGCUUCAACCUUCCAGCACGUUACAUUCUUCACACUGUAGGUCCCAAUUAUAACGUGAAAUUCCAAUCAGCUGCAGAAAAUACUCUACACGCUUGCUACAGGAAUGUACUUUUAGAAGCUAGAGAAAGAAAGCUGAACUCUCUAGGUCUUUGUGUGAUAAACUCUGUCCGCCGAAACUUCCCACCAGAUGAAGGUGCCCACAUUGCUUUAAGAACAGUACGCCGUUUCCUGGAGCAGCAGAUUGGUGGUGGCAGCGGAGUGGAGACAGUGGUGUUAGUGGUGGAGAGCUGUGACGCGGGCAUCUACGAGGUGUUGCUGCCCCUCUACUUCCCGCGGUCGGUGGGCGAGGAGCGGAUGGCUCUGCUGCAGCUGCCCAGUGCAGGGGUGGGGGGCCCCGACGGCGAACCCCUGCAUCCUGACCGCCAGAUCCGCAUCAUCGACAACCCCCAGCACCAACACCAUAGUGUCGGAGGAAGAGUUCGUUUAGACAAUGAUGCCAAAUCCGUAGGUUUGAUAGUGACUGGCUACACAAAGGGAGAAGAAUCAUCUGUGAUAGAUUUGUCGAGCAGCUUGGGCGACUCUGUGUUCAGCCAAAUGCAGGGUGACUUGGACCAGCAGAGGUUGCUAGGGGAGCGUCCUGUGCCUGCCAUCGACCCGCUCCUAGUCACUCAAAUACACAACAAAGAACGGUAUGAGCGUUUGUUGAGAAGAGCGAAGACCGAAGACCUGUCGGAGGUGUCGGGCAUUGGUUGCCUCUACCAGAGCGGCGUCGACAGGUUCGGCCGGCCGGUCAUUGUCUUCGUCGGCAAGUGGUUUCGAUUCAAAGAUAUCAACCUAGAUAAGGCCUUAUUGUAUUUGAUCUACUUGCUCGAUCCACUGGUGAAAAGCGACUACAUCAUCACCUACUUCCACACGUUGACUUCGAAUCACAACUAUCCAUCAUUCAAUUGGCUCAGAGAAGUCUACAAUAUUCUUCCCUAUAAGUACAAGAAAAACCUGAAAGCCUUCUAUGUCAUACAUCCCACAUUUUGGACAAAGAUGAUGACUUGGUGGUUCACGACAUUCAUGGCACCGGCCAUCAAGCAGAAAGUGCAGAGCUUGCCGGGCGUCGAGUAUCUGUACAGCGCCAUGAGCCCUGAUCAACUCGAAAUCCCAGCCUUUAUCACUGAAUACGACAUGACUAUAAAUGGAAUCCGCUAUUUCCAACCAGGCUCCACUACUUAGACAGACUGCACUGUACUGCACUGCACUGCACUUCAGCACUGGAUGCUUAUUUCGAGAUGAAUAAAUCGGUGUUUGGUGUUCAGUAUGCGUGCCGCGCCGCGUGUCGAUGCGUUCAUCUGAUUGCUGUUUGCGUGUCAUGGAAAAUGUUGCAAUUAAUAUUAGGUGAAUAAUUCACAGCUCUAUAUAAACUCCAUUUUGGGGAAACCUGAUUCAUUUGUCAGUUGUGUAUUUCGGUUGUUUCAUGUGGACUUUGAGAUUGAACUGUAUUGUUGUUUUUUGUUUUAAGAUGAAACUUACAAAUGUUGUGUGUUGAACUGUUGUGUGUGUGUAUAUGUACACGUUGAAUAAUUCUCAUUGAUGAUAGUUUCAUGGGUUGAAGUUAUUUCUGGAACUUGUUUGCUAUGUCAAUUCACAUUAUUUUAAUAGAUGUUCAUAUUUUAUUUAUAACAAAGGUAUAAGCUUUAUCUUUUCAAGAUCAACAAUUUUUACAACUCUGUUCAUAAAAGUAAUCUCUUCGUCUAAGUUUACUUAUUUGUAAAAAGUAUAUGAUGUAAAGUUUAUUGCAAGUUUUUUUUUUAAAUCAACGAAAAUUGUUAUGAAUUGGUGGAAUUUGUGGGGAAUAUAUAAUCAUAAAAUUGAAGUUUUGCAAGAAUUGAAGGACAAAAUGUUUACUUGAAUGUGGCACGAUGAUAAUGUGCACUACUUACUAUUAAUUAUUAAACAUUUGCAAUAACCAUUGUUGAGAAUUGCAUCAUUCCUGAACUCAAUUUUCACAUAGGAUGAAUAUAAGAUUCACUUUGCAAAUAUUCAUUAUUUUAGAUUUUCUAAUUUAAAUGACUAUACAAUCAAUAUGAAAUUAUCAAAUAUAUAUUGUUAUGGAAUGGAUUAUCCAUCGUUUUCUUACCUGAAUGAAUGAUAAUUGAACUCUAGCUCUUUUCAUACAAUAUAUUUUGAUACAAUUAUUGAAAGAAUUAUUAUUGUUUUUCACAUUUUUUAUCUCUGUCAAACAUAGUAACCUGUUGAAUAUAUGAAUAUAGGUGUGUAUAAAUUGUUUAUUAAAAUUCAGUUCUAUCCUGAACACUAGAGAAAAAUAUUUCAUGAGAAGGUAUUUAAAAUGGCAAGCUAGUGAGAGGAUAUGUAAUUAUUAGUGUAAUAAUGCAUCUAUAAGUAUUUAUAGAUCCUAUUGGAUCAUUCCUGUUAUAAUAUUGAAAUUUCACCUCAAAAGUAAUAUAUUGUAAUCAAUUCCAACAUGUUAUUGAAGUGAAAAAGCAAAACGUUUCGAAUAAUGCUCCAUUUCCAUGAUGUAAGUGCCAUGAAGUAUUUUUCGGGAAAAAUGUAGUAAUUUCAUUUAUACAAUAAUUGAAUAGUUCGCCCAUACUAGCUAAAUAUUCUGUACCUAUCCUUGCGUGUUGACUCUUCAAAAUAACCAACCUACAUUUUUUGAACUUUCAAAUUGUACAAUAACAUUUUCUAUUAAGCCUUAAUUUUGCCAUUCAAUAACUUUAGAAUACUAUUAUAAUAAUAGAAACUUAGUGUUAUUGAUAUGUACUAAAGCUAAGCCCAGGUGUAUUGCUGUCAAGCAUGAUGCUUUUUCAUAGCAUCUUUAUAUUUCGUCUGUAAUAAUCGAUAGAACUUAUUAGUAUUUGAAUAGCAUAUUUACAAUUUGUCGAAAACAAUACAUUCUUUGAAUCGCUUCCCUCUAGUAUCAACAUCUUUUCAUCAUUAUCAUUUAUCAUUUAUUAAUCCAAUUACUCAAAAAUAGGUAUUAAUUUCACAAUCUCUUAUAUUAAACAUGAGAAUUGAAUGUAUCUUCUCCUCUUCUGCGCUUUCAAACCUGUAAUGUCUAGAAUUAAUGUAUAGAUGGUACAAAUUUAAAUUUCUGACUUAUAAAGUAUGAAACUUUUCUGGGAAAACUAAAUUUUUUGUUUAUACUAUUCUUACUCAUUGAUGUUCUUUUCUACUGUUUUAAUUUUAUUUAAAAAAAAAACAUUAUUGCAAAAUGUUUAUAUACAAUCUUUUCACUGUUUCUAUAAGCUUUCUUUUCAUUUUCAUUUCGAGAGAGACAAUAAUUGGCAUAGGUUUUUUUAAAAGCUUGUCUUUCACAAAAUAAAUUUCCUUAAUCAUAAAUAUUUUGUAAUUUGAUUUUUGUGAACUACCGUAAUCAUAAAAUAUCCAACUGAGAAAUCUGACAAACAAUCAGAAACUAAUGCAUUUUAAUGUAAUAUAGGUAUAUUAUAUUAUAUUAGGUUAUACAAGUGUUUCCCUUGACGUAUAUCUUGUUCAAAAACUAAAAUCAAGUAUGGAUUGCCUUCAAUAAUUAUUGCAUUUGAAUUUUAGCACCUAUGCUUGACUGCUCCUUGCCUAUUGUGAUUUGUUAUCACAGUGUGUUACCAUAGAUUAUAGUUGAAUAAUAGAUCAUGAAUAUGGAUGAUAGUCAAAACGAAACUUAUCGUAUUUCAAAAAAUGAAUAAUUUAUUGUUGUUUAGUGCCUUUAUACCUGAAAUAAGUUCAAAGUAUUCCAUACACAAAAGAAUUUCGAUGAAAAUACUUACAAUAGCAGUUUCAUUGGCAAAAUCUCUAGGUAAAUUUUCUUGUAAAUUUUUCAUAUAAAGAUAUUCCAAACUUGAUAUACUUCCAUUUUAAUGCCUUAAUGUGCUGUUAAUAUGCAGUUGUUCUAAUAUGUAUGCUUGGACUUACUGUUUCACAUUAAUUUAUACAGCAUUUAUUAUUUUUAUCCUCUAAUGUGGUGUAUGUUUUAUGUACGUUGGGCAGUGGAUAAUAGCGGCUUUGAAAUAGCUGUAACAUACUCACUUUUGAACGAAAUCAUAGCUACCUGUGUAUUAGAGGUGGCUAUGACGAAACUCAAAGUCUUCUUCUAAUAUGAACUUUGGAUGUGACCAUUUUGAUAAUAUCAAGAGUUGAAAAAAAUUAAAACAUUUAAUUUCAUUUAGUUUUAUUAAACAUUGAAACAGAAAAUAACAUCUGUUAGAUGUCGUCUGUUUUUGUCCAAACACUCAUGUGGGCGUUGUAAGAUGUUAUCCGAAGCGUUGCACGUGCUAUUUCUUGUGAUAUUGUCUCACUCAGGGCGUCAAGUGUACGUGGUUUGUUGAUGUAGGCCUAUACACGAAUUUUUAGGUAGCCUCAUAAAGAAAGUCACAAGGUCCGGUGAACGAGGAUGUCAUUCCUUAUCUCCACAAAUUAAAAUGAGGCGUUCAGGAAAGUUCUGCUUUGAAAAUUGCAUAGUUUCUCUCGAUUUAUAUGUUGGAACCAUACAAUAUUCAGGUUGGGUAAGUCAUCUUCUCAAUUGUAGGAAAAAAUCAGGUAGCAUUUUUAGGUAACAAUUCUUGUGGAUUAACAGUGACUUUUUCUCAAUAAAGUUGGGGCCAAUAAAGAAUUUUUCGACUAAUGCUACAAUGCCACAACGAACACUCAUUUAUUCACCAUUGAUACAAAAAAGCAAUAACAAGCAGAAAUGCCAAACUUCAUCUACCAACACUUUCUCCUGCACGGCACUCUGUCAUCAACUUCUCACGUCAUAAGGAUUGUUUGGUGAAAAACGGACGCAAUUUUUCUAAUAUUGUUUUCGGUAUGUAAUUAAUGUUUUUAUUUUCCCCCUUCUCUGAUUAUCAAAAUGGCAACAUUCAAUGUACAUGGUAGGGGAAAGCAUUUGAGUUUUGUUCAAAAAUUAGUAUGCAACAACUAUUCCGAAUCCUCUAUAAACUUCAUUGUCUGUAUAUGCGCUAUUGAAAAUGGCUCGUUUUCUGAUUCCACUUAUGAACACAUGACAAUAUAAGAAGAGAUAAGGAACACAUUUACAUCUCUCCUCAUUUGACCUGUUAACUUUCAACUGGUAAAUUAGUCUUCCAUAGACCUUAAUUCUGUCAUCAAUCAUAUCAAUCGUCAUCAUUGGAUUUGCCUCGCCUUAUUGUCCAACUGAAACAACAAAACCGCUUUAUUGCCAACCUCUCAACUUGAAAAAUAUUUCAAACUUCUUCUCUUGUUAUUCCUCCGCUCAUUCCCAUCUCUCUUCGAGUUUCUAUAUUCAUCUCUUAAUUCAUUGAUCAUUUUCCAAAUGUCAUACACCCACAUGUCAUUUGCUGGCCACGUUAGCUGAGACGACUAAGGCGUUGCACCCUUCAGUCUGCUAGCGCUAUCUGGUCGUGGGUUCGAAACAUGCCAGUAGGAAUGGACGUUUAAUCAUCUCAUCAAUUCACCCACACACAAGCUAAAAGCUCAUGUGGGCAACAUCCGCAAAAAAAUACCGGGUGAUUAUGAAAAACUGUCAAGGUUUGAAGGGUAAACUUCAAAAGAAAAUAGAAUCCAAAUUCCAAUUUUCCAAUGAACUUCGGAAUUUAAGUGGUAAAACUUCUCCCAAGUAUUGAAUUCAACGGCCAUUAAAAGCAAGAACAAUAUUUAUUUAUUGGAUGACGCAAUAUUUAGAUAAUAAUAUAUUUCAUUUUGUUAUACAAUAUAGAAAACUAUAUACUUAAUACAAUAUCUAGAAAAUAAAAACCAGGAAAUUGAGAAAAAUUUCUCCUAUAUCUGAAUUUUAUCUCGUAGAUAGUCUGAACAUUUAGAUUAUAGUCAAAUUUAUAUUUUGACCAGAGCAUUCCAUUUGAAUUGAAAACUUCAAAUCAGUAUUGAAUAUUGUUUAUAGUAGACUAUUAUAAAUCCAAUUUCCUCUGUUUAGUAUUAAAUAAUGGACAGAUGUUGAGUCAGGUCAUCUUAGAAUCCAUAUUUUUAUCUCCUUUGCCACGAAUUAAAUAUUAUAAAUUAGAUUCAAGCAUUUUUAUUAUAAAUAAAGUAUAAUAUUUCACUCAACCUAGAUGAGAGGUGUGGGAUUUUGGAUUACAGUAUUGUAAUACUGUAACUACUCGUUCCCAAUACGAAAGUGUAUUGCACAGUUUUAGAAUGGCGUCUCUCGUAAAUUAUAUUUAAAUCGUUCACUUAAUCCCUAUCAUUCUCAAUUAUGCUUUAUGCUAAUCCUUGUUUCGAAAAUUAAAUUCCUGUCUGAUUGAAUUUGUCCCAAUUGUACUUUUUAUUUUUCGAAUGAAUAGAAUACAAGCCAAAGAGAACCUUCCAUAAGGUAGAGCAUAGUUUAUUAUGUUCAAUUCAGAAAAUAUUGUUCUAUUCUAACUAAUUCCUAGCCAGACUUGCCAUUAAUCUUAUUCAAAUCUAUGAAUUUAUUUUAAGUGAAGCCAACUUACUUAUCAAUAGCCUAUCUUGGAUAGUGUGCCAUAUCCCAGCAUUUCUGUGUAAUGAUUUGUUUUCACAUAAUUCAAAAUAGUAUUUACUCACUUACUGUACGUUAUAUUAAUGAAAUAUAUGUCGUUUUUUAGAAUAUUUAUUUUUGUAGCUUUAACUGGAAUAAAAGAUUCAUAAACUACUUGUAUUCUUAUACUAGUACCUGCAGUUAUUUAGAUGUCUCAGGUAAGAAAUCAUCUAUAACAGUAACUUGUUAACAUAAUUAGUGUAUGUUUGAAAAAAUCAAGAACAUCAAUUAAAAUUAAUUUGUGUGAUAGAAUGGAAUAAUGGUGCAAAUAUGUUAUUGUUGUUGAUUGAAAUCUAUUCAUUUGUACUAACCAUGAGUGUGAGUCAUGGAAACAAAGUUGAUAUUACUAUAGAGUAUGUAAUACUACAUUUUUACAUGCCAACUACUUUAUAAUGUUAUUGUUCGAACUGUUAUAUUUAUAAUGAUCGAUUUUAGUGUUCUUGAUGAUGGAAUGAUUAAUCAGAAUUAUUGGUCCACGAUUGUAAAUAUUAUAAUCUGUUAUAACCUAGUUGGAAAUGUUGAAAUUGAAAAUAAUUGUUAAGUUGUUCAACCAAAAGGAUUGUUAAAUGUUAUUUUUUAAAGAAGUUCAACUAGUUUUUAGCUAAGCACGGCAAAUUUAUUUAGAUUGUCUAAUCUGAGAUGAGAUAUAUAGAUUAUACUAUUUUCUGCUUAUGUCCAUCGUGUACUGGAAGCAAAUAAUUAACGCAAUAUUAUUCAGUAAUAUAAUAUUAUCUAUUAGUCCCUAGACAAUGAAAUUAACAAUCAACCAAAUGAAUAAUUUGUUAUUUUUACUAACACAUUUUAGUAAUGUACUCAUAUUUUCCAUAGGUAUUAAAUUUGUUAUAAUAUAUUACUGUACAAUAUUGUUAGAGUGAUUAAGAAAUAAUAAUCAUUCAAUUUCAAGCCAUGUAGAAUGUUAUUAGAACUUGAACAAUAUUACAAUAAAGAAUAUUGCGUUGAACGAUGUAAUGUAA